AUGAGCUGCAAUACCGCCAGCAGCGAUCAAGACAAUCGCGAUCCUCACUUCACCGCCACCGGACUAUCUGCUGUCGAUGGCGACGCUACUAGCUUAUUCGAAUACAUCAUCCGCGACAAAGUGUGGGGUGCCAACCUAGAUCCACCUGAAUCGGCCAAGAAUGUCAUCAAACCGUGGCACCAACGUCUUUCUGCCGAGCCCUCCACGCAGUCUAAUGUCGACGAUCAACUCGCCAUCACCGUACCCUUCACUUGUCCUGUACGCCUCAAGUCCAUCCUCAUCAACGCGGGAACAGGUGACUUUGCCCCCACCCGCUGUCGUGCUUUCGUGAAUCGUCCUGAUGGAAUCGACUUUGACGAAGUGGAGCAAGCCACAGCUGACUACCAUCCUGCCGAUCAAACGCCGCUGGCCACCGCUGCCACGCUCGGAAACGUGGGCAGCGGCAAGGCCCAAGCUGACUUUGCCCUGCUGCGCGGUGAGCAAGGUGUCGUCGAGUACCCUGUCAGCGUUGCACGCUUCUCCCACACCAACAGCAUUACCAUCGUACUCUCCCAUUCAAACGCAACCACCCUCUCGCGCUUCUUCUAUCUUGGCUUUAGGGGUACCGCGCUCGUUCUCAAGGCUGAGCCCGGAGAGAGGCUCAACAUUGGUGCUGCCAAUUCUGCCGACCGUCCUGUCGAUGGCGUGCGUGAAAAGCGUGGCGCUAGCCAGGGUCUUGCAGGCGGAAGCUCCAGAAGAACUCCUCCACGCUAUGUGGUUGGCGACCAAGCAGCUGCGCAACGUAUAACUCAAAUUACAGAGCAAGCCGCGCUAACACCUCGACGAUCGCCCAGAAGGAACCGCAAUUCGGCUGCUGCUGAAUCUCCUAACACUACGCCCAUGCGCAAACGCAAACCAUCUCCUUCUCAGUCUGGGGCUGGUGCGGAUGAUACUGAGUCCACACCUCGUGAUAGUCAGAAAUCAGCAACUACGCGCACCCCCAAAACAGCUCCGCCUGUUCGCAGACGUCCUUCCUUCUCUGGCCCAUCGGCUUCUGCAGGUCAACAGCCAUCCCAAGAAACACAUGGCUCGCAGGCACAGGUAAGUGCCACAGCUUCUGGCUCCGCCGACCCAACUCGCCGCCGAUCACUCUCGCAGCCACCACCCAACGAGGUCUUGCUUCGUCAAUUGCACGCCAGCAACACGACACCUUCUACCAAGUAUCCCGCUGCACACCUCCACGCACGCACACCUUCACACACCGCCGCUCUUACCGCCACUCCCGGGCGACGUAUCCUCGGCACUCCGAGGCAACCCGGCCCCGGCAUGCCUUCUUUUUGGUCGAAUUCUGUCACCGCUGUGAGCUCUUCACAACCGCAAACUCAAGCCAUGCAGACUCCUGCCACAGACAAACGACGCAAACGCAACGAUGCGCUCUUGGCUAGUGCACAACGCACCCGCGAGAGGCGAUUGGCUUCUCGCAAAAGCCUCCUUUGGGGCGGCGUCGGUGGAUGGGCUGGCGGGCGUGAAGAAUCGCCUAUGGACCUUCUGCGUCGUCUAGCUCGUGCUCCGGAUUUUGUAGCUCCACCGACUCCCUCGCUAGAUUCCAUCUCCGCGCCUCCGGGAGCUGCUCGCCCUGGCCGUUCCAGCACAUCCAGUAUCAUCGAUGCCUCCAACUCGCGCACGCGAGCUCGAGAUAGCGCCGCUAGCACAUCGUCUCGAUCGUCUCUCAGUCGUGCAACCAUGCUUGUACCUGGUGAAUCUGUUCCCGGCGAUCUUACUCGCGACAGCAACGUCAGCGUCUCGAUGGACAUGGACGAAUCCCUCGCCUCUGCAAGCAACGAACCUGGUGACAGAUCGCGAUCGCGUCUUUCGGAUAUUGGCAUUCCGCGUAGAGCCUCCGGUGUUGGCCUCGUUCGAGGUGGCAUCUUUGCCGGCAUAGCUGAUCAAUUCAGAGCAUCUCGCCUAUCGACAGGUUCGCGCGUCUCAUUUGCCGAUCAAGUCUCGCCUUCAAGCAUGCGCUUCGAUGAUAUGUCUAGUCGCAGAGAGGACGAACUCGAACGUAGUCUUCAACAGCAGAAUGGUGGUGCUCAGAGUUUCAUCUCUGCUUCCGGUAUCGAUCUUGCCAAAGCUAAGGCUAUUCGCAGGCUCGACGAUCUCACUCGUCAGAGUUUCUUCAGUGAUGACGGACAGCUGCAGUACAAUCAAGAUGAAGAAGACGAUGAGGAAGAGGACGAGUCGUUGGAAGCUAGAAGAAGGAAGAUUGUGGGCAGAUCCAUGUCGGAAACACUGGAUGGAGAAGCGGACGGCCCCGUGUUGUUCCUCGGCCUAGGCGUCACCAAUGACGACGAUGUUCAAUCACAGACGCGGAGCGAUGAAGAAGAACAGGUCUCCGACACCCUCGCUGUCGAAGCUGCUGAUGACGACUCUGAUGGUCUGGCACGACGGUUAGACGCCGACAAUUCUCGCGAUCUAAGCGAUCGGCUCGAGAUAUCCAUCACAGGCGGCGACCCCGACGACAGCCGAGCUUCACGCGUAUCCUUUGCCGAUCAAGACCAAGUGUCGUUUCAAGUCAACGAUGCAUACUCUUCGGACGACGCUGUCGAGUACCGACUAUCCGUCCCGGAGCUCGACGACGACGACGACGACAAUGCCUCCGACGCAGAACGCGAUGCAUCAACGAGACUCAAUCUGCUCGACCCAAAGGAUCUCAACGCGCUACUCAAGAGACGGAUUGUCAAGAAACGCAAGUCUCGCGUCUCCCCGCACACAGGCUUGCCUCUACCGCCUCUGCCUACAUCUGUCAUGCGUGACAUUUUCUCGUCAUUCCUCGCCCCAUCUUCGUCCACCGUCUCUUCCUCGCUUUUAACAUCGUCUUCUACCUCAGCCAAACGGGCCAAACUCGAUGCGACAGUGUUGGACGAACUCGAUUCGGCUGCACACGAUUUCUUUGCCGACUUUGCCGCCAAUCUCUUGACUCAGGCCAAGACUCGAUCUCGACGUUCGGAUGCGGGUACGAGCAUAACCGAGGCGGAUGUCGUCGCAGUGUUGAAGAGGCAGGGACGGGUGACACAGAGAAACGAUGCGAGCAGUUUGGCGCACAAAUUGUUGCCGAGGGAGUUGACCGAUCAGAUGGAGUUGAGUAGAUGGGCCAAAGCCGGUACUGUACAGACAACACUGAGUGGGAUGCUGCGUGGGAGCGAUCGGAGGAAGGCCAAGGCGAGAGGCAACGAAGGUGUUGCUGAAACAACCAUGAGCAGCAGUGUUGCAUUGGAUGACGAGGAGGUUUCGAUCGAAUGA